ACCGGAAACACGGUAAACAGCAGCAGCUAUGGCGUCCACAGCGGCGACCCGAACGGCAGCUGCAGCCUCUAGAGUUGUUAAACCGAUUUUAAGCCGGGACCUGGAUGAGGCAAAGCGCAGGGUCCGGGAACUGUACCGGGCUUGGUACCGAGAAGUCCCUAACACAGUGGCAAUGUUUCAGCUGGAUAUCUCAAUACGUCAGGGGAGAAACAAAGUGAGGGAAAUGUUUGACAAAAACAAACACGUCACUGAUCCCCGUGUGAUCGACAUGUUGGUGAUCAAGGGGAAAAUGGAGCUUCAGGAAACAAUCCAUGUCUGGAAACAGAAAACCCACAUUAUGCGCUAUUUCCAUGAAUCUGAGGAACCUCGCUCAGCUGACUUCCUGUCCAAAUUCUACAAGGGUCACGACCCAUGAACUGUAUCCGCCUGACGACCUUUGACCCAUCUUUGCUUGUAUCCAGUGUGACAGAUGUUCUGCUUUACUGUAAAUACACACUUAACUCACA